AAUUACAUCAUUCUGUUCGCAUUAAAAUGUACAGAAGCACAGCAGUAUUUGAGAUAUUUUAUUUUAGUUAAAUUUAUCAAUCAGUAAGUAAACAAAAUUUUUAAAUGCCGGCCGCCGAGACAUCGCAGCCGGUUGGCAAAGAACCGGCGCCCUGUCGCACCUGUGUGGAUUUUAAAUCCUGGUCCAAACAGCAACGAAAAGCCCUGUCCACAAAUGCAAGCAACAACAAACCAUCGGAAAUAGUACCCUCUGCUAGUGAAGAGAAAGCGAAUAGCACGAAUUCCUUAUCCAAUGGUCCACCGGCACAUUGUCCUCUGGAUAAAGAGCGCCUAGGACAGCAUACCUGGGGUCUAUUACAUACGAUGGCUGCCUAUUUUCCCGACAGUCCUACUAAUGAAGAGCAAAACAAUGUUCGGCUUUUUUUCAACUCGUUCGCCAAAGUUUAUCCGUGUGAAUACUGUGCGAAGGAUUUCCAAAAUGAAUUGAAAAAAUCACCACCCGAAACCAAGUCCCAGCAUUUGCUGUCCCAGUGGCUUUGUCGGAUGCACAACAAAGUGAACGCUAAGCUUGGGAAGCCGGAAUUCGACUGUUCUAAGGUAAACGAACGCUGGCGAGAUGGACCUGCGGACGGUUCCUGUGAUUAAUAUUGAUUCCAAAAUGCACAUAAGAUUAUUUUUAAAUAUAUUGAAAAUCACAUUUACAUAGUUGUAUUUUACCGUUGAUAUGUUGAAGUUAACUAUUGUUUAUGUUCAGAAUAUAUUACGUUGUCCUUAACA